AAUUUUAUUCUGCAUCCCCCAUCUUAUACUGCGAAUCAGAUGAUUGACUACUCGUUAUAUCUUGUCACUGGUCGAGAAUUGCUUCCUCAAGGACAGGAUUACUUUGAUUCAUUGGAACAGUCUCUUCAAGGCGGUGUUACCGUCGUGCAAAUUCGAGAAAAGAAUACGGACACUCGCGAGUUUCUUGAUGUUGCACUGAGGUCGAAGGUUAUCUGCGACCGAUACAAUGUUCCCCUGAUUGUUAAUGAUCGUGUCGAUAUCGCUCUUGCGGUGCAGGCUGCUGGCGUACAUGUUGGUCAAUCCGAUAUGCCAGUCUCAAUUGCGCGGAAGUUGCUGCCAAGGGGCACAGUCAUCGGCGUUUCUUGCAAUAACAUUCAAGAAUUAGACAAGGCAGUAAGUGAUGGUGUAGAUUAUGUAGGUAUUGGAGCGGUGUGGUCCACGACGACGAAGACUUUGAACAAACCAGUUGUUGGAGUUCGAGGAGUGGGGGAAUUGUUACGAAAGCUGGAUGGGACUUCUGUCAAAGCGGUCGGUAUUGGCGGAAUCAAGCUGAAAAAUCUAUUACGAACUCUCCAUGGAACUGUCAGCACAACAAAUCGUGCGUUAGAUGGUGUCGCUGUCGUGUCAGAGAUAGUAGCCUCGACGCGGCCGCGGGAAGCUGCCGCAAAAUUAUGCGAAGUCCUUUCUGCAUUCAGAAGCGGUGACUCUAUCUUCAAAGCUAUGAGAACGCGCUCAGAAUAUACCGCAGGGUCUGUGAUAGAUGGGGUCGUUCAAAUUAUGAGUUGUGUCCGAGACCACAAUCCAUUGGUUCAUCAAAUCACAAAUAAUGUUUCCAUCGCACAAUCUGCCAAUGCUACGAUAGCUCUAGGUGCUUCACCGAUCAUGGCCACCACUGUACAAGAAAUGGAAGACAUAUCGCGUAUAAAUGGGGCACUUUUGGUCAAUAUUGGGACUUUAGUCCCCACUGCAUAUGAAGGCAUGGUAGUAGCUGGAUCCUGUGCGAAUGCUCAAAAGAAACCUGUUGUCUUCGAUCCUGUCGGCGUUGGCGCAUCUCAUUUUCGUCAGAGUUCUGUCAAUACAUUGUUAGACAGUUGGCAAGCCAGUGUCAUCAAAGGAAAUGCAGGCGAGCUCGCAGCUCUAGCAGGAUCAAAUGAGGUACAAUCCAAAGGCGUCGACACCAUAGGGUCAGGAUUUAAAGAUCCUGUUUCUUUUGUCAGAAAUCUUGCUCGGAAAGAACGCUGCGUGAUUGUGAUGAGCGGCGAAAUCGAUUAUAUAUCGGAUGGUGCCAAUGUCGCCGUUUUGUCUAAUGGACACCAACUGUUGGGUCAAAUCACAGGCUCCGGUUGCAUAGCUGGCUCGUGCAUUGCUUCUCAUUGUGCUGGAGCUAUGAUUUUAGCACAAGGGGAGGAUAAGGAAGGGAAGCUAGUCAUCGGUGAUAUUUUCCUAGGUGCAAUCGGAGGCAUUUUGGCACUUACUAUCAGCGCCGAAUUGGCAGCACUGCGAGAAGAUGUCAAAGGCCCUGGCACUUUCUUUCCCGCCUUGAUUGAUGAAUUGUUUACGCUCACUCCUCGCAGUAUACAAGAGCGAGCGCGCAUUCAGAUUCAAUAAAAUAAGGUUUGGUUAAAUCACAGAGUGUAUUGGAAUCUCUGAAUCAGAGUACGUUCGGCAUAAUCGCUUUUUGUUCAGAGUCUCUCAUUAUUAGGCUCCAUUGUCGUGGACCACACCUUGCUUGGUGACUAAUGUACUCAGAAUUGAAAGGUAGAUUCAAUGCGGCGCGCCGC